AGUCAGGCGGAAAGCUGGAGUUUGGUUUCUCUUUUAGUUCUGAGGUCUCGUCUUCCCUGGCGCUGUUAGCCCUACCGACGGAUUCUUUUUUAAACAUUAUAUUUGACAUACAGCAUCGGGCUAGUUUCAGGUGUGCAACAGGGGCUCCUCGCCUACUUACCUUACGCAGUGAUCACCGCGGGUGACUGCUUCAGUUUCAGUCUGGAGAGCCUUUAAAUGAAACUUGCUUAAAAUCUUAGAUCAUACACAGCAGAGAGACCCCAAUCAACAAUACAGUGGAAAAGGAUGUUGUCCUUAAACAACCUGCAGGAUGUCAUCUAUAACCCGGUAAUCCCCUAUGUUGGGACCAUUUCUGAGCAGUUGGAGCCUGGAACUUUGAUUGUAAUACGUGGGCAUGUUCCUAGUGACUCAGACAGAUUCCAGGUGGACUUCCAGUGUGGCAGCAGUGUGAAACCUCGAGCUGACGUGGCCUUUCACUUCAAUCCACGUUUCAAAAGGGCCAACUGCAUUGUUUGCAAUACUCUGAGAAAUGAAAAAUGGGGGAGGGAAGAGAUCACCUACGACAUGCCUUUCAUAAAAGAAAAGUCUUUCGAAAUUGUGAUUAUGGUGCUGAAAGACAAAUUUCAGGUGGCUGUAAAUGGAAAACAUAUACUGCUCUAUGCCCACAGGAUUAGCCCAGAGAAAAUAGACACUCUGGGCAUUUAUGGCAAAGUGAAUAUUCACUCAGUUGGUUUCAGCUUCAGCUCGGAUUUAAGAAGUAGCCCAGCACCUCCCCUGGAACUGACACAGAUACAUAGCGAAAAUGUACAAAAUGCUGGCAUGUCACAAUUUCCUAGUAAUAGAGGAGACAUUGGUAAAAUCGUACCCAGAACUGUCUGCACCAAGAGCAAAGAUUCGACUGCCAAUCACACUUUGACUUGCGCCAAAAUACUACCUAUCAACUCUUUGUCAAAGACUCUACCAUUUGUGGCAAGGUUGAACUCCUCCAUGGGCCCUGAACGGACUGUCGUCAUUAAAGGAGAAGUGAAUACAAAAGCCAAAAGCUUCAGGGUUGAUCUGCUAUCAGGAAAAUCAAAGGAUAUUGCUCUCCACUUGAACCCACGCCUCAAUGUUAAAGCAUUUGUAAGAAAUUCUUUUCUUCAGGAGUCCUGGGGAGAAGAAGAGAGAAAUAUUACCUGUUUUCCAUUUAGUACUGGGAUGUACUUUGAGAUGAUAAUUUAUUGUGAUGUUAAAGAAUUCAAGGUUGCGGUAAAUGGUGUGCACUGCCUGGAAUAUAAACACAGAUUUAAAGAGCUUAGCAGUAUUGACACGCUGGAAAUUGAUGGAGAUAUCCGCUUACUGGAAGUAAGGAGCUGGUAGCUGGCAUGACUGCUACAAAAACUAAAAUACAGAAUGGCUGAUGUGACACUCACUGGCUUUGUAAAAUGCAUCGCAUGAUCAUAUUGUCUAUAUAUUGUUAAAAUGAGCUUACAAAUUAGUUCUACUGUAUGUUCUCAGUCAUGCAGUCGGGCUUUGUCUAGCACAGAAAGAGGAAAUUCCGGGCAACAGCAGCUUACCCAUUACUAAGGCCUUGCUACUCUUUUCCCCAGCCAGUCUCUUGUUUAUAACCCAUUUAUAUUCAAGAAGUACUUGUGAAGUGCCUACUCUAAUACGUAGAUAACACUAAUUGAGCACUUACCUUUGCCAGCACUGCACUGGGAGCUGGGAAUAUACAUACAGUUAUGCCCAAAACCAUGUUCCCCAUACUCUUGAGCUUGGAAUCUUCUGUGCUCUGCCCUUGUGCCACUGUUUCUUCUGCAGGUAUAAACUCACCAGGGACUUGGAAUUACUCAGCUACUAAUUUACCUAAAGACUAAUUUAUAGACAACACUACUCCUGUCCCAGUGACCACAUUCUUAAAUAGGCUUCUUUCCUGUCCCUACAGAAGAGGAGUUGAUACUGACUUAUAUCUGGCAAUUUCCUUUAGCACAGUAAACACCUAGCUCUGCUAGCUGUAAGCAUUACCAAAUAAUUAACAGUAUGAAAUCUGAACAUAGCACAAAGAUUAAUGAAAAAAAAAAAACCCCAACAAACACAAGCAAAAACAAUAAAAACAAAUGGUGCAGAUGAUGUUGAAAUUAACUUGAUGUGAAUCACAAGGCCAUUGAUUUCUGUACCAGUAAGUGGGUAUUUUAGAAUAUAUGAAUUUAGGGUGUCCGAGGUCUGCACAUACUUCUCUAGAGAGUUUAAGGUAGAAACAAGAGGAAUUAAAUUUGUAAAUGUUUAUAGGUAACAAAGCAAAGUCAAGAGUUGAUUUAAUGAUCGCUUAUGAAACAGGCACUAUCAGAAAGUAAAAUAUACCAACUGAGACCAAAGUAGAGAGAGGCAACAUAAACACCUGUUGGUUCUGCACAUGCAAAGCAAUACUGCCUCUCUGCUGUUCCAAAGAUUAGUCUGCUGUCAUUAGCCUGAGAUCAAAACAUUGUUUUACUUUAAGUGAUUAAAAUCAAACUUGUAUCAGCAAGCUAAAUUGUUGCAUUUCUGUAAUUUUUCUGUUAUUCUUUGAAGCUAGUUGACAGAAGUUCUUUGCAGAAUUCUUACAGGUCAGAUCUUGUUGCAGGAAAUUUCAAAGGCUUGGGAGUGGGUAGGUAAAAAGCCAAGACAGCCAGUUCAUUUUAUCAUAUUAAAUUGCUGGGCUGGAUUCUGCAAGGGUUUGGGAGUAUUUUCUUAAUAGAUGUUGGUUAUUUUUUUUAAUCCAUAUACUGAAAAAAAUACUAUUACCAUUUUUAAAGUACUCAAUGGUGGGAACUUCUAGCACUUCUUUCCCACCUUUUCAUGUUAAUUUAUUAUUCUGAGUCUUGCCAAGCUCAAAAAACAAUUGCCGAGGUGUGGAGGGGCAGUGCUUGGGAAAGUUACGUAAGAGAAACACUCUAGAAUCCCUCAGGGUUAUUUUUUUUCUUCCUAAAAGAACAUCAGAUUGCGUGACUGAGGUUUUCCUCUUAAGUCUUAAACAUAGUUCACUUUUGUUUUACAUGGAGAUUAUAAAACAAAAGACUGAUUCUUUGAUAAAAUAAAUACAAAAUCUUAAAAUGUGUUUGUAGUGAAACUAUUAGCAUUUAUGACUGGAUCUUACUGAAACAUUUCUGAAAGAGAAAUAUGCAUGUCUCUAAACUGCAAGUCAGCCCUUUGUUUCUUUGUCACAACUCUGCACUGAAUUUCUUUAUUAAAUUAGACCAAAGGCUUUCAAACUCAAAUUGAACAUUCUAUGGGACAGCUCUUAGAUGCCUUAAAUGUCAAAAAAGCAAAAACAAUAAAUAGCCAUAAAAUAAAGACAGAGUAAAUGGAAAUUGAACCUUCCUUUCCAGCUUCACCGUGACACAGUAUAGGAAUUAAAGAACCUCAAAACUUUGGGGAAAAAAAUCAGUACUGUACUUCCUUAUACAAGUAAUUCUUGGUUAACCACCAAUGGAAAAGUGAUUUUUCUAUUCCUGG